UAGGAGAGGAGUGGGGAUGUGGAGGAUCACUUCUCCGUGGGCUUUUCUCCUCCUAAAUCUCCUUCUCUUCCGUGCACUGGCCGAAGCAGAGAGCUCCAAUGUUCCAAUGGACAAAGCAGAGCAGGAAGCCUUGUACGCAGUGAUCCAAGACUUGGUCGGAAAGUGGUGGAACGGUUCAGAUCUUUAUCCUGAUCCUUGUGGCUGGACGCAGAUACAGGGAGUUUCCUGCGAUCUGUUUGACGGUUUGUGGUAUGUCACUUCCUUAAACAUCGGCCCGAUCCUUGGCAACUCCCUGGAGUGUUCAUCCGACGCCAAGUUCAAUCCACAGCUGUUCCAGCUCAAGCAUCUCAAGAGCCUCUCCAUCUUUGAUUGCUUCUCCUCUCAUCAACAGCAACUCACCAUCCCACCAAGCAAUUGGGAGAGACUGGCUUCAACCUUGGAGAGCUUAGAACUCCGGUCGAAUCGCGGACUCACCGGGAAUAUUCCACCCAAUUUGGGUCAGCUCAGCAACCUCAACUCCCUAGUUCUGGUGGGAAACUCGUUAAGCGGUGAGCUGCCAAUGGAGCUUGCCAACUUGGUCAAUCUAAAGAGACUGAUGCUAUCUGUAAACAAGUUCUCCGGUCAAGUUCCUUCUGCUCUGUUCGCCAACAUGGCACAUCUAUUGAUCCUGGACCUCAGCAGCAAUCAUUUGACUGGUUCUCUCCCUGCAUCCCUCUGCAAUCUCAGCUCACUCUUGAAGCUUGAUCUCAGCAACAACCAGUUCCAGGGAAGUCUUCCAGCAGAGCUAGGAAAAUGGACGCAACUCACUCUACUAGACCUCAGGAACAACUCCUUAUCAGGUGCAAUGCCAAAAUUAGGAUCACUCCGGGAUUUGCUUCUGGCUUACAAUCCAUGGGGAGGAAAUCUUUUGGAAUUAGAAUGGGGAGAUUUGCAAAACCUCUCUACAUUGGAUCUGUCUCAUAUGGGCUUGACCGGUGCGAUUCCUAAGGCCAUUACGGACCUGAAGAUAUUGAGGUACGUUGCGUUCGAUGGGAACCAGCUCAGUGGCACUGUUUCUUCUAAAUUUGCAGACCUGCCUUCUCUCACCACGUUGUACCUCAAUGACAACAACCUGAGUGGAAAGCUCCAGUUCCCUCGAGGAUUCUACGAGAGGAUGGGAAAGAGAUUUGCGUCUUGGAACAAUCCAAAUUUGUGUUACAGUGCCAUCACUUCAGGGGAUGUACCUCGCGGUGUGGCAAGAUGCAAGCAAGAUCAAGAUCACUCGACAGAAGAGUUCAAAUCCAAUCAAGGGGUAGACGAGGGAAGUUUCGAUGAGCAUUCUGGGUUGAUGGCCCCCUUGAUUAUGACUCCUGCUGCAUCAGCUAGUGCUCUAUGGUGGGCAAUUGUUUUGAUCAUGAUGUUGUAGAAUUGUUAAAUUACUAUACACCAUGUAAUUUUGUUUUGUUGGGCAGCAGCUACUUGCAAAGAAGCAAGAACGGUAGCUUAUGGGCUUGGCUAUUUUUCUGUGACAGCUACUUAAAAGUGGAGGGCUGAUGGAUGUCUCGAGAGAUGUUGUCAGAAGUUUUGAUUUUUGUAACAGACGUUAGAAGCUGUUAUCACGUCGAUCUCAAUAAAAAGUAUGUAACAUUAAUAUU